AUGGAAGUUCUUUCAGAGGAAGAAGCUUGGAUUCUAUUUAUGAACAAACAUAGUUAUGGCAUUCGACUUCCACCCAAAGUGGAAGAGAUAGCAAGAGAAGUGGUAAAGAAGUGUGCUAGUUUGCCUCUUGCAAUUAUCACCAUAGCUGGAAGCUUGAGGGUUGAAGAUGAAGGAGAAGAUUCUGAUGAUGACCCUUUCACUGUCAUACGACCCGCCAAUGUCUUCUGUAUGCUGCGAUGUUACUUGGAUCCUCCUUCACUUUUCUACCUAUCUACCAAUUUCUGCAAUAGUUUCACGAGUCUACAAUCGAAAUCCACCACACAGAAGAAUUCUUGA